CCGCCCCGCCUCCGCCGCGCCCCCGCCCCGGCCGCAGCCCUCGCGGAGCAGCCCAGACCCGACGGCUCGCGCAGCUCCACGCACCGAGCACCUUCUCCGCACCAGCCCUUUCUGCAGAGAAGUUCUCCCCUCCCCCACCUGAAGCCAAGAUGUCCAGCAAGCGGGCCAAGGCCAAGACCACCAAGAAGCGGCCACAGCGGGCCACUUCCAAUGUCUUCGCGAUGUUUGACCAGUCCCAGAUCCAGGAGUUUAAGGAGGCCUUCAACAUGAUCGACCAGAACCGCGACGGCUUCAUUGACAAGGAGGACCUGCACGACAUGCUGGCCUCGAUGGGGAAGAACCCCACGGACGAGUACCUGGAGGGCAUGAUGAGCGAGGCCCCGGGACCCAUCAACUUCACCAUGUUCCUCACCAUGUUCGGGGAGAAGCUGAACGGCACCGACCCCGAGGACGUGAUCCGCAACGCCUUCGCCUGCUUCGACGAGGAGGCCACAGGUUUCAUCCACGAGGACCACCUCCGGGAGCUGCUGACCACCAUGGGCGACCGGUUCACAGAUGAGGAGGUGGACGAGAUGUACCGUGAGGCACCCAUCGAUAAGAAAGGCAACUUCAACUACGUGGAGUUCACCCGCAUCCUCAAACACGGCGCCAAGGACAAGGAUGACUAGGCCCCCCGACCCCAUCCCUGUGCCCAGGCCCUGUCCAGUCACACACACCCACCCCCCACCCCCCACCCAGCUGUACCAUCUCCAAGCCGACAACCACCAGCUCCCAGUGGAGGACACAGACCAGGAGAUGGGUAAUGCCAGGCAGGUGUUCCCCCAACCCAGAGGCCUGGGGGUCUGGCCCCUCCGAGGAAGGACCAUCUUCCCAGGAGACGGGCUGGAAGGGCAAGGCCUGGAGAUACCAGGAAGAGGCCCCUCAAGGGAGCUGGGGUCUCGGCAGGGGUCUGCCCAGCUGGAGGAAGGGGCCCUGUGUCCCGCGCCCACCACCCCCUCAUGGUGUCCCCUCACAGGGUGUGGAGGUGCUUUCCCAGCCACUGCCACAAGCGCACAAGCAUCACCAAGGUCCCCUCUCAGAGGACAGGACCCCAGACCCUCCCCUACCCCUGCCCAGCCACGAGAACCCACCCCCACCGCCAGGGGAGGGUACUCAAGAAGGGACGUGUCGAGGGGUAUUUGUUCCAGGGAGAGCAAAAUCUCAAAUAGAAGGCUGAGCACA